AUGCCGAAGAGUGUAGUACAAUCAGAGGCUUGUGAUAAAUUCAAAAACUACUCCACAAUAAGUCAUUCAGAGAUUGAAGGCAGAGCAACAUAUACAUGUAAUUUACGCCCAACUGCUUUGUACUAUGCUGAUCCAGCUUCGUUCAAUAUUUGCCUUUGUCAAAGCAUCAAAGUUUUGCAAUCGGUCAAGAAUUUAACGGAUACGAAAGAUGCAGCUAUGCCGGUUUUUAUCGAGAAUUUGCGUCAGUUACUAAAGAAUAGCUUUGAAUUUGUCGACACAUCACCAGAGACUAUGUACAACGAAAAAAUUAACAUCGCGCAAGCACUAGUUGGGUUGCAAAUAGCACAUAACCGAUUAAAUGAAAGCUCGGAAAUAGAUGAAACUAAUGAUCUGCUAGCUGGUUGCAUCUUAGACAUUCGCCAAAUUCUUUCUUCUCGUUCGUCUUGUAAUGAUCAGGAUAAAAGUAUUUUACAAGAUAUUGAGACUUCAAUCAAGAAUUAUCUAGGUCCUAGGCCAAAACUAUGCUGUCAAACUGGAGAGGUAAUUUGUCGCGGUCUUGCAUUGGAUCGAGCCAAGGAGAUUCGCAAUGGUCGGAUGACUCGAGAAUAUGCUAUCAAUUACACUCUGAGCUACUUGAACAUUAUGGCUAGUUUUCUACAAUCACAUCAAGGUGAUGUGCCGAGUAAAGAUCUGUCUAUCACGACAUUAAAUCUAAUUCAUCAAGCUUAUCUAGAUAGAAAAAGUUCAUCAAAUGAGGAUGAAUAUAAAAAUCUUACAGUUUGUCUUUUAAGAUCCUCAUCUAAUAUAUUGCGCGAGGUAACAGGAAAAGAUGUUGUCUGCCCUAUUCAGGAAGAACAGCGCGCUAAAGUUUCAGCAAUAAUGUAUGAACUAUCUGGAGAUCUAUUUGGCCAAAGUGGUACUGAAAUGCUGCUAGGACCAUCCAAAACAUUUACGUAUGAGUCACGAAAUAUUAGUGACCUUAUAGAGGAUAAACUAAACGGAAGUAUAUUUGGUUGUGUUGCAAUUGGUGGCAAAGUCCCACCGGGAAGCCCGAAUGAUACUAUUUUAUAUAACAUCAUUGAUUAUAGUGUUAUUGCUGGUGGGGUUGAGACGGAAUCUCCCCCAGUCACUGAUGAUAAUGGUAAUGAUACAAAUACCACUAGCAAUCGUAAUCCUCUUGAAGCUCACAAGUAUGCCUUAGCUAUUAUUGGUGUUAUUGGUGUGGCAUUAUCGGCUACAGGAAUAGUACUAACUUUAACAUCCUUCGCAAUGUUAAGUUUACCCAAAACUCGAAAAUGGUUCAUUCAUGUCAAUCUAUCCCUAGCUAUCCUGAUUUCCAAUGUAUCUUUUAUUACGUUGGCGGAUAUAACUAGAGAUAAGCUGGUGGAAGGAAUCCAUCUCUACCGUAUUUUGGUCACUGUGUUUACUGGAGAAGAGAAAAUUUACUUGCUGCUGUAUAUGUUUAUAGGCUGGGGUACUCCAGCAGUAAUCUGUGGAAUGACUUUCGCAGUUGUGCCAGAUGCUUAUUCUUAUAACGUUAUAUGCUGGUUACCGGUUACCCAUAUAUGGAUAUUUUUAGGUCCUCUAGCUGCUAUUCUAGUGGUUAACGUAAUAAUAUUCGGAAUCAUUCUUUAUGUCUUACGGCGCAGAAUUGCUUUGCGUAUGAACCAAGGCCGUAACAGGAAUCAAGCUAUUAGGACCGAUAUUCGCAAUGCAGUCUGUCUACUUCCUUUGCUUGGACUUUGCUGGAUCGUUGCUUUCUUUGUACAAAUUGAGUCAGAUGUGGUAGCUAACUACCUCUUUACGAUCUUUGUUUCACUGCAAGGAUUCGAAUUAUUUAUAUUUCAUUGCGUUAUGGAUAAGCAGAUUAUUGACGCCUUUCGUAAAAGGAAAUUCCGAUAUAGCCAAGAUAAGUUAUGGCAAGAUAAGAGAGAAAAUAGUACAUCAGGAUUUUAUUCCAGAAAUGGCUAUGCUAGUUCAACAUUCCGGAAUACAGUGGUCACAUCCGUGCAAUCUCAUAUAUCGAGUAAAGCAGGAUCUACUCCACACUCCUCAUUUUAUUCCAAAACUGAUAGUAAACCACUCUCGAAAGGAAUUGUUAACCCUUACUAUGCAACUUCGGGCAAAGAUGAUGAAGUUUCUGCUCCUGAUUCUAUGGAAUUUAACAUUAUUAAGACUAAUCAAAACAACGGUAUUGAAAGUCAUGAUGCCGAGGCUUAUAGCGUGUCGGAUAAAUCUACUUCUAUACCAAAUGAAACUAGCAGUGAUAGUGGAACUGAAAGCACUAAUCAGCUCCAUUAA